CAAGGUGCCUUUACUGAGGCUUCUCAGAAACAGGAACAAGGUGCCACGGGGUGGAGGGAGAAAAAGAGUUAAAAUAUCUCUCAGAAGGAUUGUUAGACUUUAUCUUAUGUGGGCCAAUGGUAUCAUUUGAUUUGUAGUGUUAGUAGUUUCAAGACCCCAAAAUUCCUCCUUCCCUGCCAGGAAUAAAUCAGUUCAGAUCACCUGAACUGUACCUGCUUUGGGGGUGAUCCUGGGAGAACAAGAGGGCUGAGCAGGGAGGGUUCUUUCUAUGGCUUUGAUAGAAGGUGAUCUCAUCAUCUGGAAAAUCUUUUAGAAUUCCCUAAGCUGUUUAAGGCUGAUGUUUUACCUUUAAAAGUGAUGCAGGCACUUCAGUUCCUACUACCCAGUAAGCUGAAGCCAGAUCUGGGCUUUUAACUUAAUUAGAUGCCUUUGAAAGCCUGAAAAUCCUAAUUCUCUAAGCAACUGGCAACUGACUGAAUUUGGAAAACUUGCAGAAAGGUACCCUGGCUGCUGGCAGCUACAGUGAUGCUUGAAACACAUCCAUGCACUAAAUGUAUAAUUGUUACAGAGAACCAUUUUUUAGUGACACUCACCUGCAUGCCCAUAUGGACAUAAAUUUCCUAAAAAGAAUUGGUUGUUCUCCCACUUAUUGUUCUGCCACAAGUCUGUAUAUUUUAUCUGGACAGAAUGGAUGACAAAAAUUCAAGAAAUCAUAUCUGAGUCAAAGCAAGAAAGUAAGUAUUCCCUGAAACUAUGAGUGACCUUUUCAGCACAGAUCUCCAGCCACAGACUAGAGAUGUUCCCAGUCUGACCACCAAUAACUAUCAUUUGAAUCUGCUUUUUCAACCACUUGGGCACCUAAUUGAUGUUGAUUUGGUCUGUGGAUUCAUCUCAAUUUGUCACAUAUGACCAUGUCAGUAUUCUUAAGACAAAGUAUCUAAUUUAUCCCCUAUUAUCCUUGAAAGAAAUGAAGAAAAUUAGAUCGGAUUGACACAAUUUGUUCUAGAUAAAUAGGUGCCAUAACUGCUUUUAUCACCUUGUUACCCUCUAAAUCCUUAUAAUUCAAUCACAUAAUAAUUUCUUCUGGCAUCUUUCCAGGUGUCAGAAUUAAGAGAAUGAUUCCUAUUAUCCUAUAGCUAUAGGAACAUCUAUAAUUCAUUGGAAGCUUCCUUUCUAUAUCUUAUUAUACCUUUUCCUUGCAUUAAGAUUAGCAUUAUUAUUUGCCCUUUUUGAGCACUGUGGGAUCUUUUGCAUGGUUUAAAAUCUUGAUCUUAAAUGCCAGCACAGCCUUCAUAAUUGAACUCUGAGAUUAUAACAUUAUUAUCAUCUGGGUGCUGAUUUCUGCCUCACUGUGGCUGUCAGCCAAAUGUCAUAAUGCAUACAAUUAACAGAUUUGCUUCUCAGCUUACUGAUAACAAAGGAAGCACAAAUAAUUCAUAGGCAGAGGCCCUGGUUCUUUGAUGUGAUUGAACUCUGAUCCUUUCAGCACCUGAAGGGAGGCUGGCUGAAGGCAGGGCAGCCUCAUUAAGGCAAAGAAAAAGAAAAAAACAAGCAGAGGGGGAAGAGGAGGAUGCAGGAGGUGCCCCCCACGCUGGGUGCUGUGACCUCUGCUGGGCCAGGUCCUGCAGCUCCCACCCUCCCACCAUGACAUGGAAACAGGAGAUUCCUCAGGAAAAGACAAAAAAACCCCAUGUCCCAGACAAAAAUACAGACAAAAUAAUGUCUCUUAUUACAGAGUAGCUUUUUUUUUUUCCCCCAGAGGUUGGGGGAAAUUCCUGAUGAGCUACUUCCAUCUGGUUUUACAGUCCCUUUGCAUUAGGGUGGUUCAAAGAGCCUGCAGUGUAACUGAGAAUUGAGGACAGCAUUUAUUUAUAGUUUGAUAGCUCAUAAAAGCUGGAGAGCUGAGCUCACAGCAGUGUGCUUAUUUAUGUUUUAAACUGCUCAUGCAUGCUACUGCCUUGCAAAAUGUAUGCUGGAGCUCCUGCUUACCAGUAUAUAUGGCUCUUCAUAAGGUUCAUGGCACAAAGGCAAAAAAGAAAAGGUGAAAUUAGACUAACUUAAUGGUUGAUAUAAAAUUUAAAGUAGCAGAGAGAACUGGAGAAAAAUUAAUAGCCCAGCACUCAAAUAAAGUAACAUCCAAUGGAGGUUUGCACCUGAAUCUAUUUCUCACAGUAGAAGAAAAAAGUAUCCCAAAAUUCUGAGUGAGGCACUCAUUAACUCUGAUUUCAGCUCCUGGUGACAUUAUAAAGGAUUUGAACCUUGUACUGAAAGUUUUAUAAUGGCAACCCAGCCUCUGACACACUCUCAGUGCAGUGUCUUGCUGCAAAUUAUAUUUGUAUCACACUUAUCCUCUCUUUCCCUAUCAAUGCAUCAUCCUUCUCCCUCUGUAACCCAGAGGGAAAGCAAAGCAGCACUGUUUCAUUACUACCCUUUAAUAGUCUUUCCAGUCAUAUAAAGGAGAAUAUUAAUAUCCUUCUAAUGACCUCACCUAAACGCUGCUAAAAGCCAGGAGAGAAGUGACAAGUUUGCAGCGAAAGCACAGGGGAUGAAUUUCUGAAGUUAAUGAAAGGAUUUCACCCCCGGGUUUUAAUCCUGUUUUCUUUCUGACCUUUUAGCUUCAGUUUCCUCAGCUGUAGGAUGGAGAAAGUAGACUCACAUGCAAGUCAACAGCACGAUUUUGUUGAGUACAAUUCAGUCAGGAGCUGGCUGUGCUGUCAAAGCACAGAGCUAAAGAAGGUGUGCUCUGACAAGGAAAAGUGAAUGUUGUCUUCUUGCAGGUGUGAGGUAACCACACUCUUCCUACAGCUCAGCCUGGGGAAGCAGCUUUGCUCUGCAGAGCCUGAUGGGGUGGCUGGAGGCAGCUGCAGUGAUCCUGCCUGGAAGGUGCAGACUCUGAUGGGUGGGCAUGGCCAGGUCCAGGAGGAGGGGACCACCCAUCUCCUGCUCCAGGCUGUGGGCAGUGCUGCUGCUCCUGGGGAGGCACCCAGAGCAGCUCUGGGGGGCAGAGGACACCUCCUGCCCUGGGUGCAGGUGGGCAGCGGGGUGGGACUUGUCCAUCAGGUUAUUGACACCUCAAGGAGCACAUAAAUGGCAUGAGCUGUGUUUUGCCUCAACAUUUCUGUUGCUGAAAGAGAAGAGGAAGAGGCUGCCAGAGUGUGGUGCCAGAUGUGCUGAUCACUGGUAUGAACACUUUAAAAUUCACUAUGAAUUCUAAUGAACAGUGAUUACACUGACAAAGUGCUGCUCUUAAGAAAGCUAAAUUAACAACUAAAGAAAACUUAAAGGUGACCAGCAAAGGAAAUGAAAUCAUAGCUCAGUUCUACAGAGCUUCUUCCUGAUCUGUACAAAAGUCUGGGGGAAAUUAUGGUGAUUAAUUAUCUCACUUGUUUUUACAUUAAAAAUACACAUUUUCACCAUUAUAGAAAAGCUGGGGGAUGCAUGAAGACAUCAUAAAAGAGAAAGGAGAGAAGUUGAUCAUUUUGGAGAAAAAGUCAUGAUUAGUCAGAUUGGGGCUUGCUGGUGCUUACUAACACUUUCAUACAUCUGGAGAUGAACAACCUGGUUCAGGACAUUGCAGCUCAACUUUAAGAUGACUGUGCUUAUGGUCUUUGAGAUGAUAAGCACAAUUUCUGAGAUAUAGGGAGGUUCCUUUACCUAAAUGCAGUGAAGAUCAAAUAUUACAAAGUGAUUAAAUAGCACAAGGAGAAAACAAUAAAAUAAUUAUCAUGUAGGAUAAAAAAACCCAAACAUUUCCUUCUCAUGAAAGCUUCUGCUGACUGUAAAGACUGCUCCAGAGGAAGUCAAUACAGGAUUAAGAGCCACGUUUUCUCAAAUGCAGUAUUACAUUUCAAAGGAGGGAGGAAAAGAAAAAAAUCUAGAUUUUGAAAUACCAUCUCUGUCUUUUUUGUACUAAACUGACUGUUUUAAUUGAAUUUUAAAAGUAUCAUAAGAAGAGCUCAGAGCUUGGCCCACAUCCAGAUGUUAAUGUUUAGUCUUCCAAAUCCAUUUUUUAAGUCUGGUAAUAACCCAGUUUCAUUUCUUAGAUUUGUUGCUUCUGGUUCCAUAUUUGGAAUAUGGAAAGACUUGAUCAAAUCAAGGAAAUGCCAAUCUUCAAGCAUGCUUGGCUUUUAAAUUAGCACUCAAAGUGAGGAAUCUACCUAACUUGUAGAAUGAUGUCUAGUUCCAAAAACAACUGAACAGCUAAAAGAGCAGGUUUGAGUUCGGUGAUACAGCUGCAGAUUUCCUUUCCACCUGGGAAAUAACUGUAAUAUUUUAAAAUAUCUAUCUACCUAAAUCUGUAGAAAAAUCUGGACUGUUUGUAAAAAUACCUUUAGAGGAAUUUCAAAGAAUUUCAUAUACUCAUUUUUUAUGUUGAUACAUGUUUCUUUAAUGAAACUAAGACUUCUCUUUGUACUGCCAGGAUUUGAGAAAACCAAUUCAAUCUGUGAUACAAGCCCUUGAUCCCACAAAUAUUUAAGCUGCCGAGGAAAGUUACUCAUUUCAACAGGCUCAUUAAGCACUUUGUAGCAUGUUUACAGUGUGUUUCAAACAUGGUUAUACCACAGCUUUAGGACUUGCUCGUGUACUGGUGAUUCAUGACAUGAGUCCUUAAUGCAUUUCUAAAACAGAACUGUCUCAUUACCAUAUUACAGCCAAAAACUGUGAUAAGGACUGGUAUCCCUCAAGUGAUGGUAAAUGUCAUUCUCCCACUGAAAUUCUACACCUGUACCUCACAUUCUGCAGAAAGACAGAGAUUCACUAAAGGAUCUGCCUUCAAAACCAAAAAAAAACCAAACCAAAAACCAAACAGAUGAGACCACAAAUUUCCUUGUUUCCCCCAUAAAUAAAACUGGAGGGAGCAUGUUAAUAAUUACAAUUUAAUUUAAAAUGUCUCUUGAGCUUGCAGUGAGUGGAACCUAAACUGUGACUCUGCAGCACAUAAACAUCCUGCUGAGAAGAAAGGAGGACAGCUUGAAGGCUGCCUCUAUUUACUGAUCCUUUACUUACUCCAAAGGAAACUGGUAGCAACUCUGUAGAAACCAGUGAGCUAUGCUUUGGUGUGAGAGAAAAAGGAAUCUGGCCAGUUGGACCAAGUUGUUUCCUGCCACUUCACGACCAGUCUUUAGAGGUAAAAGCUGCCUCUACCCACAGGACUGUGUUGACUGUCUCAGCUCAAUUUUUAUAGGCUCUGGAUCAUGGAAAAGAGGGAGAAGGCAGUUGAAAAAGGCUGCUUUGAAGGGAAGUCUGUAAUUGCCUUUAAAUAAUCACAGAACUUGGGGGUAGGUUCUGAAUACUGAAGGUCAUUUGAAGUGUUGAUUUUUCUUAUAUUUUUUCUUGGAAACCUUGAACCUGAGACCUCACCAUAAUUUUGCACAAUUUUUAUGCAUCACUGAUUCAUAUCACACCACACAGGUGAUUAACUCUAGACAAUUACAGCAAUAUAUAUUUGCCAAAGAGUUCGUUCUUAUUGGACAAUAUUAUGCUUCUAUCUCUAGAAACAUUCCUGAUGAGUACCUUGAGUUCUGAGGACAUUUAAAGAGAGGAAAAGAGAUCAACCAUGGAUCACAAGGCUGAGGAGAGGAGAAAGCAGCGCCACAGCUUGACUUUGCUGGAGCAAGUGCAGAGAAUGAAAGAAUCAGCCGAGAUAAUCGACGUGGUGCUGGUCGCAGAAGGUGAGAGGUUCCCCUGCCAUAAGGUGGUGCUGGCUGCCUUCAGUGCCUAUUUCAGAGCCAUGUUCAGGUGUGGCUUGGCAGAGUGUGCUCAGAGGGAGGUGGUGCUGCAGGACACGUGUGCCGAGAGCGUGGCCGUGCUGCUGCACUACAUGUACGGCGCGGAGCUGCGCCUCUCCAGCCACAACGUGCAGGCUGUGGCCCUCACUGCCUGCUUCAUGCAGAUGGAGGAGGUCUGCACCAUGUGCCAGAAGUACAUGUUGGACCACAUGGAUGCUUCCAACUGCGUGGGCAUCUACUACUUUGCAAGCCACAUUGGGGCAGAAGAUUUGUGCGACCGAGCGAGGAAAUACGUGUAUCAGCAUUUUGCUGAGGUGAGCUUGCAGGAAGAAAUACUGGAGGUUGAAUUCCAGCAGCUGAUGACUCUGAUCAAAUCAGAUGAUCUGAAUAUCUCCAGGGAGGAGAGCAUUCUGGACCUGGUCAUUAGAUGGGUCAAGCACAGCAGAGAGACACGCUCAGAGCACCUCAUUGAGCUCCUCAAGCAAGUGAGACUGGUGCUUAUCAGCCCCUCUUUCCUUGUGGAAGCCAGGAAAAGGAACACAAUGAUCCUCUGCAAUUCAGAAUGCAACGACCUGUUCGAGGAAGCCCUGAAAACCAUCCAGCUGUCCAGGCCCCCUUCCCUCAGCCUGCGUUAUGGGAUGGAGACUACGGAUCUCCUGCUCUGCAUCGGCAACAACUCCCUUGGCAUCAGGUCCAGGCACGGCAGCUACGCGGAUGCCAGCUUUUGUUUCGCCCCUGCAACACGAAAAACUUACUUCAUUUCCUCCCCCAAGUAUGGAGAGGGCUUAGGAUGUGUUUGCACUGGUGUUGUCACUGAGAAAAAUGAUAUCAUUGUGGCAGGCGAGGCAAGCGCCGUCAAAAUGUCUAGACAAAGGACCAGGAACAUUGAAAUUUAUAGAUACCACCAGCGAGGAAACCACUUCUGGCACAGCCUGUGCACCACUCAGCUCCGUGAGCUCUACGCCCUGGGCACUGCCCACAACGACCUCUAUGUAAUAGGAGGGCAGAUGAAAGUGAAAAAUCAGUAUCAGGUCACAAACUGUGUGGAGAAGUACUCCAUGGAGCAGGGCAGCUGGAGAAGCACAGCACCUCUGCCAGUGCCACUGGCCUGCCAUGUGGUGGUGACAGUGAAGGACAAGCUGUACGUGCUGGGUGGAUGGACACCACAGAUGGAUCUGCCUGACGAGGAGCCGGAUCGAUUGAGUAACAGAACGUUUCGCUACGACCCCGGCCAAGACAGAUGGGCAGAGAGAGCCCCAAUGAAGUUCUCCAAGUACCGCUUCAGCACGGCCGUGGUCAGCGGGGAGAUUUAUGUCCUGGGAGGAAUUGGGUGCCUUGGUUAUGACAGAGGACAGACACGGAAAUGCCUGGAUGCAGUGGAGAUUUAUAACCCUGAUGGAGACUUUUGGAGGGAUGGACCCCCUUUGCCUUCUCCCCUCCUCUCCUUACGGACAAACUCCACCAGUGCAGGCUCCGUGGAAGGGAAGCUGUACCUCUGUGGAGGAUUUCAUGGAGCAGCUCGCCAUGAAGUUAUCACCAAGGAGAUCCUGGAGCUGGACACGUGGGAGAGCCAGUGGAACGUGGUGGCCACCAAUGUCCUCAUGCACGACAGUUACGAUGUUUGCCUGGUUGCUCGACUGAACCCACGGGACCUUAUCCCUCCUCCUCCAGAUUUAGUGGACCAAUAGAAGUUCAGUGACUCCCAGUGCUUCCAGAUUCUGCAGAGAUUAAAGAAUUUGGGGAGACAAAUGCUGCAUUGGCUGUGGAUGGUAGCAGAGUCCCACAGAGAGGAAAGGGCAAUGUGUGCUUGAGGACAUAAUAGCCUUUGAGCUGUGCUCCUCUGCUGAUGCUGAAUUUGAUAGUUCUGGUGCUCUGGACUUCUGUGGUUGAAAGCCAAGGCUGCCCAGCCUUUGUGUGUGGCUCUUCAGUCUGGCUGUGCAGGCUCCAGGGCUGGGUGAAGCCUGGGCUGCUGGGACUCUCUGCCUCACAGGCACAGAGGCAGCCCAGGCUCAGCUCACAGCAGACCUGACAGAAACCCAAAGUAUUUCAUAUAUACAUAUAUAGCUAGGGAAAUCCCUCCUUUGCUGUUCAUCCCACUUGGAUCUACUAAGCUACCCAGGAAGCUAAAAAAUAGAUUAAGUCAGCUGAUGAAAAACAAGUGCCAGACUGUAACUGACUGAUGCAAAGGUAAAACGUAGAAAAGCCUUUGUUUGAAACAAAAUCCCAUUAGACAAGGUCCAUUAGCUAAGAACAUCAGCUCCUGCAAACAUUAUCUAAAGCACAGACAUAACAGUCAAGACAUCCAGUUUUUGCUAAUAGACCUGAACCUGUGCUAGUAGGAAACUAAUCCUUUGGCAGCAAGUUACAAAUGAGUCUUUCAGUAGGGUUGGUAGGCAGCCUCUGCCAAAGACAAGAAAAAUCUUAAAUUUUCACAUAAAUUCUAUUUAUUACAAAGUCUGGUAUGAUCAGGAUCUUAGAGCUCAGUUAGGAAACCUCCCUUGGGCAAUGAAUAAGGGGAUGCAAACUAAAAAGCAAUAAAUGAGUCCAGUAUUAUCUGCAUAUCAGCACUGCAGCUACAGAGAAAGGAGAUAUAUAUUAAACAAUAAACAUUUAUAUAAUAGGAAUAGCUUUAAUGGAGUAGCAUAAGGCUAAUUGUCAACAGAAUUGGCUAUAGUCACAGGGAAGAGGAAUAACUUGAGCAGUGCUUCUGAAGGCAGUGUUAGCCUUUGCAUGGCUUGAAGACAGUAGGUUGUAGUCAAAAUUGUUAUCCCAUUUGAAUUAUCAAUAACUAUUCAUCAGUUGUCUGGUGCCUACCUUGCAGUCUAUCUGUCACUGCAAAUAUAAGAUUAAACUAUCAUAUUAUAUGAGAAUAAUCACUGUCAGCAAGAAGUGGCUUUUGAUAACUAUAAAAGCAGCAACAGAAGUGGAACAAAAAAAAGGCAAAGAAAUGAGGGAGUCCAUCAGGCAGUUUAUCCAUAGUUACUUCCAGGAUUUGUAUUUUAGAGCAUCUCGAUUUUCUCUUUCAGUCAUGUUUUAGGCUGCAAAAAUGCCAGCUUUAUUGUUGCUUUUUUGACUGCAGUGCUUAUGGCAGAGAGAGAUGGAGAGAAUGAUCCAAAAGCCCUUUCCCAAUUCUAACUUUUGUUAUUCACUAAAGCUGUCAUGUAAAAACUGUCAGAAGGAAGAUCACUAAGUUUUCCUGACAACUCUAGUAGGACACUAGAAUGAGGAAUUCUCAGACAAGAAGGGAUUUGGGGGGAAGAAAUUAAGGAAAACACAUAGAAAAGGAGUAAAUCCAUGAGCCUUACAGUUAAUUGCUUGUCUCCCUUUACAUUUCCCAAGCAGAAUGUGUGUCACAGCCUAAUCAUGUACACUUGUGUUUGCAUAAUUUCUGUAUUAUUCAGCCAUCCUUUUUUCUUUCCAUUGCUCAUAUGUAGGUUAUCAUCUGCCUAGAACAAAGUUGUGACAACCAUGAACUUCAGCAAUACAAAUCAGCAACCAGUUCCUAAAAUCUCAACCCCUCUGGUCAUCAAGUGCAGAGGUAGUUGUAAGAUCAAGGAGGCAAACUCUGCUUUAAUAAGUUUUUAAACAAAAUCAGUAGAAAGUUCUAUCAAUAAAUAACCACCCAAUACUGGAAACUCUUUUACUGUUGUUGUUACUGUGAAAUAAAGGUAAUUUUGUUUUAAUUUCUCUACAAGGCUCUUAAGGCAGCUGGAAGCAAUGCUCUUGAGCAUCCAUUAUUGAUUUCCUUGUCAAACUCCAAUUCUGCAACAGUACCUACUGAUUUUGCUUUUUUCAUCUUUUUUUUUUUUUUUCCUUUUCUUUAAGGAAGAUUGUUUUAAAGAGAUUUUUUGAUCUUUGGUCUCUGAUCUGUGGUCUAUUCCUUACAGUUCUUGUGGUUUAAAACCUGGGCUAGUUACUGGAUUUCACUAACCAAAAGACAGUCUAUUUGGAAUAUUUCAAGGGAAGAAGGGAGAUAUUUACAACCUUUCAUUAGUAAUAUUUGACCACGUAUGUGAAACUCA